GCCAAAAUGAUCUAUGAGCAAGGCGGUCACGCUGUUGUGCGAGCUGAGCUCACGAUGCCGGCCUUGCCUGCAAAUGUGAACUCUGGUGAUGUGGUCUCGCAGUCUCGAGAGGGAGACUGGCCACGCACCGUGGUAGUUGCAACGGAUGCUCUGCAGGGCUCCACCACGCUGGACGUUCGCUACAUAUCCCUUUGGAGACCAUGCUUCGGAGGUGGCUCGAGCAAAGAUGGUGUCACAGGAGCUUACGGAGAGGAACUGCCGCUGUCCGCACACUGUCUGGACACAAACACUCCCCUGCUCGUGAACGAGAUUCAGCUGGGAAGGCCUGUGGCGAUUCAACAUGACUUCCUUUCUCUUGCUGGUUUCUCUUUGCAAAGUGCUUCUCGGAUGGCCGGGACACCCGAGUACGAUAUCCGCCGCAACUUCUACAACAUGGGAGACUAUGCGCAUCAGUUCAUUCUAAACAUGUGGGAUGCAGAUGACGGAACGCCGAUGUUUUCCGAAAGCUUCGGGUGGGAGUAUGACAUCAUCCAAAAAACGGUCUUAUUCAUGUCUGUUUGGAUGGAAGUCGUUCACGAAAUGGAACAAGCAGUUGGGAUGUGUGGAGCUGUGCAG